UGGUGAGCGGUGCGGCGCGGCCUUGCAGGCGUGGAGUAGCGCCUGGCCCAUGCUCCGUCGCCGCCUCCGCCAGGCCGGGUCCCGUGACCUGGCCACCAUGAGUGAGUCAGUAGCCCGCCAGCGGCCGCCAGUGUGGGCUGACUCGGACACGACUAUCGAUUACGAGUCGUGGUGGUGGUGGUGGUGGAGCAGCCAGCCUGGCUCGGCAUGGCGGACGGCGCCGCGCUCCGCCCUUUUACUGUGUUAGAACACCCUUCCUGCACCCACUGGCCUCCCUAUGUCGACGCCCGCGCGCUGUGAGGCCCGGCCCACACGCCCACGCCAGCAGCAGGCACGAUGGGCGCCUGCAUCGCCCGCUGCCUGCCACUUUACAGCGAUCCCAGGUAUCAGCCCGUGAGAAGCCGCUACCUCAUACAAGAUGACGUUGUGCAGCUGGAAUUUCUCUGCCAGGAGACGGAGCCGAGCAGAGCCUCCCGUUUGUCCGCCAGCUCGGACGAAUCCCUGUGCAUGAAUGACCUUCUAGCUGAGCCCUCGAAUCCUGAACUCUUGCCUGCUGUCGAUGAUGAUGACUCAGAUGACGACCCUCCUAUCCUGUUGCUCACCCCUGGCCUGGCUCAGAGUCCCGUGAUCUUCACCCCUGUUGACUUGCCUCCUUGCACGACAGGGUCACCGCCUGAUACUGCCCACCUGGUUGACCUUGCUUCCUCUAUCACCUCUGUGCAUUCUGACCAUCCCACCCACAGCACCACCACCACUUCCACCAACACCACCACCACCAGUACCACCACCGCCGCCACCAGCACGUUACAAGAGGCGGAGGAUGAAGUGGAGCUAACACAACGCAUAGAGCAGCCUCAGGACACCAGCCCACAGCACCUCACGCCCGCCGCCAGGAGCGGCAGCGGCUAUGGUGGGGCGGCGUCGGUGGGCGGGGAGCGGUGGUGGGGGUCUGCGCUCCCUGGCUCUCUUCCUUCCCUAGCAGGGGGCGACUCUCCCCCCACCAACUCCCUGGAUCUGGAGUGGGAGCCUGAAGCAGGUCUCGGGCGAGUAAGCCGGGAGUCACUGGGAACAGGAGAGGAGGAGGCAUCCCAGACUGCCGAGUCGAGUAGCUGGGUGCCUCGGUCUGCCUGCUCCACGCCCAACAGCCUCGAGUGGGACUUCAGGGCCUCCACACUCAGCCUUAGGGGCCAGGGCGACGAGGAGACCUGGCAGACGUCAGACCAGGAGACAGAGCAGCUCCUGUAUGAGAUCGAACAGCUGGCGGCUCGCGCGUUGGCAGACACAGGCCAUGGACUGCAGCCGCCCAGAUAGGAGCGGCCCAACAGAACCUGUAGGCUGUGAACGGACGUCAAACCCUCUUCAGUGGUUCUCGUUCUUUGCUUUACAGAUUCCGGAUCUGUUCUACCGCUGCCUCCUUACGUACUGAAUUUUUUGUAACAGUGUUUUCUUAUGAUUUCCUUUUUCUUUUCUUUUUUUCGUUGACAGUGAUCCAAUUUGUUUUUCUAAUAUUGCACCUUACCUUGGCAAA